GAAGAAUUGAAUUGGUGGAGACAGAAAAUAAGGGAUAAUAAGGACAAUCAAUACACAAUAAUAAUAAUAUGUAGCACAUCUACUUUAAAUAAAAAUAGUAAAAUAUAUCAAAGGGAAGAAUAAAAAACAUGUAUUCUGCAAAAAGCUGAAGAAUUGAAUUGGUGGAGACAGGGCUAAAUACACAAAUUUUAAGAAAAGAAAAACACAGACACUUGUAUAUUGGUCUCCUUGUUAGAUAAUGCCAUUAAGUCAGCUAUUUGUCACUUGCUUUGACUGCUGGACCCCCUGAUUAACCCCCCAGUCAAACCCCUUCAUUUCCAUGAUAAAAGCCGCAGCCAAUAGGAAAGGGGAAAGGGAGGGGCUGCCGGCAUUCCAUUCCAUUCAUCCCUAAGUAAUGCUCAUUCAGAGGGGAGACAGGCAGGGUAAUAACACUGGCACAAGCUUCCCAGGGUCUCAGACUGACUGACAAACUUUCUCUGUUUCUGUGGCUUCUACACACCCACCUCCUGGCAUGGGAUAUUAAUUCAAGGGACCAGGCUGAGGAAAAUGAAGGUUACAGUGAUGGGAGAUAUAUAGAGCCUGUAAGGACUGGGGUUUGGAAAGAGUUUCUACAAGCUCUGUGUGUUGACUUUUCUGCUACUUCUGAACAGAAGAUUAUAAGUGAAUUAAAGAACAUGUUGGCCAAAGCUCAAUUUGACAACAAGGCAGACAGCCCAGAUGAACUGACCUUCCGUAAAGGGGACAUCCUAACUGUACUGGAACAAAAUAUCCCUGGCAGCGAAGGUUGGUGGCGAUGUUACCUUCAUGGUCGUCAGGGCCUUGUCCCCGCCAACCGCCUUCAACUUUUUACUAUUACAAAGAAUGAUGCUUCAUCUGCCCAGACCCACUAUGGCACACUUGGAAGGCAACAAUCCCAACAGAACAUCUACCAGGUGCCCUCAGCACCCAAAAUCACAAAUCUGCCAACAUAUGAGCAGAUGGAUAGUGUUUAUAUUGUGCCACUGAGUCCAAAAUCUGGUGAUCUCUACCAGACUCCUGUUUCCUCACCAGCGCAGAUAUACUAUGAGAAAGCCAACAGCACCACCAGCCAGCAUUUAUUUACUCUCCCACGGGCCUCCCGAGUCUCAAACCCAGCUUCUGUAGCACAAGCAGAGGUGUAUGAUGUUCCUCCUUCAGUACACAGCACACCUCCCAGCCACCAGAGCUCUGCAGCUCCAUCUCCUGUUGGCCUCCAUUCUCCAUUUUCAACAUCACCUGAGCAAACACAGCAGCAGAUCUACGACAUCCCGGCCAGCACAGACACUCCAGGGCGACGAGGUCUCACAGAGAUUUAUGAUAUUCCACCAAGUGGGAAAGCUCUGCAGGACAAAAAAGAGGCUUCACUCAAAGGUUGCUAUUACAACACUUUGCCGCCACCCCGCAAAUCAGACUGGAUUUAUGAUGUCCCCAUGUCUCCGGAGAAAAAAGAUAUAAAAACUUGCCGUAAGAUAUCUCUAGACAGACAAAUGGUCUAUGAUGUUCCACCGACGCGGUACGGAACACUGCAGACCAAUUCAGAAGACACCUGUGUAACAAGCCAGAUAUACAACGUUCCUCCCUUGCAAAAAACAUCACCGGUGGCCUGUCAGCCUGUUUAUAAUAUCCCUCCUUCUCUCGACUUGGGAUAUGGGAGUAUGAAAAAAAACACUUCAAACAUUUGGAAACAGAGAGUCGAGAAACUCGAUUCCAAGGAAAAUGUCUAUGACAUUCCAAGAGGAUCUACAGGAGCUUCCUUGUCAAAGACUGAAUUGGCCAGUCCUGCUAGUGAUAAGCCUAUCUAUGAAGUUCCUCCACCGCUGCCCAGGUAUAGGAAUGCAUCCCUAAUCUCAGCCGAAAUUGAUAGGUUAUCUAUAUCAAGCUCGGAAAGCUGUACCAGUACGUUGUCUUCUUCAUCAUCUGCUUCUGAUGAAUCCUUCACCAUGUCAUCACUAGAGGUAUCAAUCAAACAGGAGACUCUAGAACUUGACGAGGCCAUAAAAGAGAUCACCCAACUGCAGGAUCGGUUGUCCAGCUCAAUAGCAAGCCUCAUGAUCUUUGUUAGCAGUAAAUGGAGAUUACAAGAGCAUAUGGUGGCCAACCUGGAAGACAUCCACAAAGCAGUUGACAGCAUCAUAGCCUCCUUGAAAGCAUUUCUUGACUUUGCACAGAGAAUAAGGGCCAAUGCUUCUCAGCUUAAAGACAGUAACAUUCAGUUAAGAAUUAAGACACAAUUACAGACUCUUACAGACUCUUUUCAGAUGCUCUCUCAUAACCAGGAAGCUAUUGACCGGUGUAACUGGUCAAUGCAAGCACUCGUGAUCGACAAGCCUCAUACAACUCCUGAUGACCUGGAUCGGUUUGUUAUGGUGGCCCGAACGAUUCCCGAUGACAUCAAGCGAUUUGUUUCGAUCAUCAUAGCUAAUGGGAAGCUCCUUUUCCGAAAGCGCGAGGAGCAAAUCAAGCUGAAGGAGGAAAUAAUGCUGCCGAAGCCUCAGGUUCUGCCACAAAAAGAAACUGACGUAGGCCAGCAAUCGGCAUGUGUUAACAAAGCAGAGAAUGCAAGGCAAAGAAAACACCCACUCCCAAGGCAAAAAACUAUUGAAGACAGUGAUUAUGUCCACUUGCAGAAGAAAGAAGAAUUUGAGAGGGCGAAAUCUAUCUUUUCACAUCAGCAGCUUGAAAAUACAACAAAAACUGAGGAAAAGAGGAAAGGUUGGAUUAAACCAGAGAGGUUGAUUUCCGGGAGUGAGAAGCAGGAAAAGAAGGAUAAAUUACUCACAACAAAGGAGCCUUCCACCCUGACACCAAAACAAGACACUUCACAUUCCCCAGAAUCACCCAAGAAAUUCAACCUCUCUGAGCACUCCUGCCUCUACUUUGGGGCCCUUCAAAAAGCCAUUGGGGUUUUCAACAACAGUCUUAACAACAACCAGCCCCCCGAGAUCUUUAUCACUCACGGCAAGCUCAUCAUUAUGGUGGGGCAGAAACUAGUAGACAGUGUAUGCCAAGACGUAAAGACUAGUGAAGUCCGUAAUGAUGUUCUGUUCAAGAGCAGCGAGCUUUGUGGCCUACUGAAGAACUUGGCCCUGGCCACCAAGACAGCCGCCAUUCAAUAUCCCAAUCCAGCCGCCCUGCGGGACAUGGAGAUGAGGAUGGACCAGCUAUUAAAACAUACACAGAUAUUCAGGGCAAUGGCAGAAUGAUGAUGUCGCCCAUUUCCGGACUUAGUGUCUUCCUAAUAUUGUGCUUCUUUGGAGAUAAUACAUGCACUGAGUUGAGGAAUCAAGAUAAAUAAAGUGGACCUCUUCAUUACUAAAUAGUGAUGGGGUCAGGUUGCCCUGCUAGCUGUUCAAGAGUUCUUUGAAGGUGUUUAGGUGGCACACAGGACUGUAGCCAUGUAGCCAUGUAGGUGCCUUUUAAUCAAGUGCAUAUGGACAGUCAAGUGGGCAAUGCCUACAAACCUUAGGACUGAAUCCUCAGUUUGAAAAUUUGCCUUUGUAUUUCACCUUCCGUCAUACAUUAGAUUGCACUCCGUUGCUAAUAGGGAAGUACAACUUUAUACUAACUUAUAGGGCAGUGAUCCCCAGCCAGUAGCUCAUGAGCAACAUGUUGCUCUCCAACCCCUUGGAUGUUGUUCCCAGUGGCCUCAAAGCAGGUGCUUAUUUUUGAAUUACAUGUUUGGAGGCAAGUUUUGGUUGUAUAAAACCCAGGAGCACUGCCAAACAGAGCCUCAAUGUAGGUUGAUAAUCCACAUAGGGGCUACCAAUUGUCCGAUCACAGCACUCAUGUGGCACUCAAAGAACAUUUUUCAUGCUUGUGUUGCUCCCCAACUUCUUUUUCUUCUGAAUAUUACUCAUGGGUUCAAAAGGUUGGGGUUCCCUGUUAUAGGGGAGUGAGAAAGUGAUUGUUACAUGUUGCUGAGCCACCAUUACAGUAUUACUUACGGUAGUAUUUGGGGGAGAAAUUAUUGGGUAAUCAUCAUUUCAACCUUUUACGUUUAUUUUUUUUCUUAAAACUUAUUUCACAUUUAUUUUUAUUUGUAAUUUUCACCCAGGAGAAAAUCAUAGUCCUGUUCCACCAACAUUGCUUCUGAUUGGCACCACAGCAGUAACCAACCCAACAUUUUCUUUAUUCUAACUACACAAUAAGCUAAUAACUGAUUGACUGCUUUAGGUUCCUGCAGAAUUCUGUCUGUGAUAAAUGUCCGGUAACACCAAAGGCUAUUAAUCAACAAACCACUUUUCUUGGUGUUACUUGUCCUACUUGCACCAAUGGCAGCCCGAGAAAUUCGGUAUCUUUCAAAAGACAGACGUUUACAAUUUUUCCCCAAUACAUUGAAUGAAUAUAUGAAAAUGAGAGGCUUCCCGUAGGUUGUUGAUGGUUUUUGAUAAAACCUUAUUCAAUUUUUAAGAGGCUCUAAAUGCUGGGAUGAUCUGUAGUGCUGGGGUUGGGGGACAGGGGGUACACUGCUAUGAACAGUUUUCUAUUGUAAAUGAAUUUUAUGUGGAAUUUUGUACAGAUUUUCUAUCCACUUGUGUAUUUUGAUAAAAUAUAUUUAAUACA